AUGGCAAGCUAUACCAUAUCCAACCUCCCCGCCAUCUCCGCCGCUAAGUUAGCCGACUCUUUCCGCGCCAAAACACCUGGAAUCUCCAUCAUCGACGUUCGCGACAGCGACUACGUCGGUGGCCACAUAAUGGGCUGCCUGAACGUCCCAGUCAAUACACAUGACUACCGUAUGCCUGAGCUCGUGCGCACACUUCGAAACCAGGAUAUCGUCAUUUUCCACUGCGCGUUGUCGCAGCAACGGGGACCGGCGAGUGCGUUGAGGUAUUUGAGGGAGAGGGAUCGGAUGGCGGAGAAGGGGGAAUUGGGGAUUCGGAAGGAUGGGGAGGACGUCCAGAGGGCGCAGCGGGUGGUUGUGUUGGAGGGAGGUUUUGUUAAGUGGCAGGAGACGUAUGGGAUGGAUACUGAGUUGACGGAGGGCUAUGCCAAGGAUCUUUGGGACGACAAGUGGUGA